CAUUUGCUGUUGGGGAUGACCUGGGACCCUCUGCACAGUGUAACACACUCCGGUCCCACCCAGGAUGUUGCAAAUGACAAGACUCCAUUCUUCUUGGUGGCCGAGGAAUCGUCCAUCGGUAUCGAUACCACGUCUCUAUCCUUCACCAGCGGACGGGGUUUUCAGACCUUGGUCUUCAUGUUAAUGCUCAUCCUGGGGAACGUAACCCCGCGAGAGCCGGGCGUGGUCACGGAAAUGGCUUCGGACAUCCCUGGGUCGGUGACAUUGCCUGUUGCCCCGAUGGCCAGUGGACAGGUGCGGAUGGCGGGGGCCGUGCCCGCCCGUGGAGGCAAGCGCCGUUCUGGGAUGGACUUUGAUGACGAAGACGGGGAAGGACCCAGCAAAUUUUCAAGGUGCUCAGAGCUGGGGCAGCUGGCAGAGACCCCCCUACCCCAGCCCUGCACAUGGCCGGAGCUGGGCUGGAAGGAGUGUGGUCCCUGGGGGCCGGCCAGGUCGCUCCUGCGUCCUGCCCUUCUGCUGGUGGCCAGCCAGGAGGAGCCCCCCUGGGAGGCCUGGAAGACAGGGGGGCGAGCCCUGGAGACCCGGCCGGCCUUCUCAGCCCGUGUCUGUGAGUCCGGCCAGCGCGCGGCGUCCCGGAAGCUCGGGAUCAGAACCCGGGAGGACUUAGAGGACCUCAGUGACCUCGUGAGGCCCCGCCGUGUCCGACUCUUAGAAGGCUGGGUAUUUGGUCCCCGGGGGGAAGAUGCCCAGAGUACUUCUGACACCGAGAGGCUGGCCGGGAAGGGGGAAGCUUACCCUUCGUCCUCCGACCUGCCACCUUGUGUGGGACACGCGCACUGGCCGCGCGAGCCCCCUUCACAGCAGGACGAGCUCCCCCUGAGCCUUUCUGACCACAGAGCAGAGACGCGAGGCGAACGUUUCCAGACUUUGCAGACGCUCUGGGCCUCCGCGCCCUUGGAGCUCACGCACCGGAGAGGUGCUGCGGAUGAGCCGCUGGACCCUGGCAGAGAGCAGGAGCUGAAGCACCUCAUCCUCGAAGCGGCCGACGGCUUUCUGUUCGUCGUGGCGGCCGAGACGGGACGGGUGAUCUACGUGUCGGACUCCGUCACCCCUGUGCUGAACCAGCCCCAGUCAGAGUGGUUUGGGAGCACCCUGUACGAGCAGGUGCACCCCGACGAUGUGGAGAAGCUGAGAGAGCAGCUGUGCACCUCAGAAAACUCCAUGACAGGCCGGAUCCUGGACCUGAAGACAGGGACGGUGAAGAAGGAGGGGCAGCAGUCUUCCAUGAGGAUGUGCAUGGGCUCCCGGCGGUCCUUCAUCUGCAGGAUGAGGUGUGGGAACGCUCCUUUGGACCACCUGCCACUCAACAGAAUAACCACCAUGAGGAAACGGUUCAGGAACGGCCUCGGCCCGGUGAAGGAAGGGGAGGCCCAGUACGCCGUGGUGCACUGCACGGGCUACAUCAAGGCGUGGCCCCCUGCAGGGAUGACUGUACCUGAGGACGACGUGGACGUGGGGCAGGGCAGCAAGUACUGCCUCGUGGCCAUCGGCCGGCUCCAGGUGACCAGCUCGCCCGUGUGCAUGGACAUGAGCGGGAUGGCGGUGCCCACGGAGUUCCUGUCCCGACACAGCUCCGACGGCGUCAUCACGUUCGUGGACCCGCGGUGCAUCAGCGUGGUCGGCUACCAGCCCCAGGACCUCCUCGGAAAGGACAUUCUGGAGUUCUGCCACUCGGAGGACCAGAGCCACCUGCGCGAGAGCUUCCAGCAGGUGGUGAAGCUGAAGGGCCAGGUGCUGUCGGUCAUGUACCGGCUCCGCACCAAGAGCCGCGAGUGGAUGCUGAUCCGCACCAGCAGCUUCACCUUCCAGAACCCGUACUCGGACGAGAUCGAGUACGUCAUCUGCACCAACACCAACGUCAAGCAGCUCCAGCAGCAGCAGGCGGAGCUGGAGGUGCACCAGAGAGACGGGCUGUCCUCAUACGACCUAGCACAGGUCCCCGUGCCCAGCCUCCCCGCCGGCGCUCAUGAAGCGGGCAAGUCUGUGGAGAAGGCAGACGGCAUCUUCUCCCAGGAAAGGGACCCCCGGUUUGCUGAGAUGUUUGCAGGAAUCAGCGCCUCGGAGAAGAAGAUGAUGAGCUCAGCGUCUGCGGCGGGAGCGCAGCAGAUCUACCCCCAGGGAAGCCCGUUCCCCCCGGGACACUCGGGGAAGGCCUUCAGCUCUUCCGUGGUCCACGUGCCUGGCGUGAAUGACAUCCAGUCCUCCUCAUCCACGGGCCAGAACAUGUCCCAGAUCUCCCGCCAGCUGAGCCAGAGUCAGGUGGCGUGGACGGGCAGCCGGCCGCCCUUCCCGGGACAGCAAAUCCCCUCCCAGUCCGGCAAGACGCAGUCAUCUCCCUUUGGGAUGGGCACGAGCCACACGUACCCCGCAGACCCCUCUUCCUACAGCCCGCUCUCCAGCCCGGCCACGUCCUCGCCCAGCGGGAACGCCUACUCCGGCCUCGCCAGCAGGACUCCGGGCUUCGCUGAGAGCGGACAGAGCGGCGGGCAGUUCCAGGGACGGCCGUCGGAAGUCUGGUCCCAGUGGCAGGGCCCGCACCACGGGCAGCAGAGCGGGGAGCAGCACCCGCACCAGCAGCCCGGCCAGACUGAAGUGUUCCAGGACAUGCUGCCCAUGCCCGGAGACCCGACCCAGGGGACCGGCAACUACAACAUCGAGGACUUCGCGGACCUGGGCAUGUUCCCGCCCUUCUCCGAGUAGCGGAGGCGGCGCGGCGCCACCCUCUGGGCGGGGCCCACCCGCGCCCUGCUCGCCCCGCCCACCCCGCCCCGCCCCCCAGCAGGAAGCAUCUCAGCCCCGCCUCCUCCCC